GCGGGAAGAUGCUGAGCCGGCUGAUGAGCGGCAGCAGCCGGAGCCUGGAGCGCGAGUACAGCUGCACCGUGCGGCUGCUGGACGACAGCGAGUACACCUGCACCAUCCAGAGAGAUGCGAAAGGCCAGUACCUGUUUGACCUUCUUUGCCACCACUUGAACCUACUUGAGAAAGACUAUUUUGGAAUCCGCUUUGUGGACCCAGAUAAGCAGCGGCAUUGGUUGGAGUUUACAAAGUCUGUGGUAAAGCAAUUGAGAUCCCAGCCUCCAUUCACCAUGUGUUUCCGUGUGAAGUUUUACCCAGCAGACCCUGCUGCACUGAAAGAAGAAAUCACCAGGUAUCUAGUCUUCCUACAGAUCAAAAGAGAUCUCUACCACGGCCGCCUCCUUUGUAAAACAUCAGAUGCUGCCUUGUUAGCAUCUUAUAUCCUUCAAGCGGAAAUUGGGGACUAUGAUCCUGGGAAGCAUCCUGAAGGCUACAGCUCCAAGUUUCAGUUUUUCCCAAAACACUCAGAAAAGCUGGAGAAGAAAAUUGCUGAGAUUCAUAAGACAGAGCUCAGUGGUCAAACACCAGCAACAGCAGAGCUGAACUUCUUAAGAAAAGCGCAGACAUUGGAGACCUAUGGAGUGGACCCUCACCCUUGUAAGGAUGUAUCAGGAAAUGCUGCAUUUCUGGCCUUCACUCCCUUUGGUUUUGUUGUUCUACAAGGAAAUAAGAGGGUCCACUUCAUUAAAUGGAAUGAGGUGACCAAGCUGAAAUUUGAAGGAAAGACUUUCUAUUUAUAUGUAAGUCAGAAAGAGGAAAAGAAAAUUAUUCUCACAUAUUUUGCUCCAACUCCAGAAGCCUGCAAGCACCUCUGGAAGUGUGGAAUUGAGAACCAGGCCUUCUACAAGCUGGAGAAAUCAAGUCAAGUUCGAACAGUGUCCAGCAGCAAUUUGUUCUUCAAAGGGAGCCGGUUCCGAUACAGUGGCCGGGUUGCAAAGGAAGUAAUGGAGUCAAGUGCCAAGAUCAAACGGGAGCCUCCAGAAAUACACAGAGCAGGGAUGGUUCCUAGCCGCAGCUGCCCCUCCAUAACCCAUGGCCCACGGCUGAGCAGCGUCCCCAGGACUCGGAGAAGAGCAGUUCACAUCUCCAUCAUGGAAGGCCUAGAGUCCUUGCGGGACAGUGCUCACUCCACCCCGGUGCGCUCCUCUUCCCAUGGCGACACCUUCCUGCCUCACGUGCGAAGCAGCCGGGCAGACAGCAACGAGAGAGUCACUGUGAUUGCAGACGAGGCCUACAGCCCUGCAGACAGCGUGCUGCCCACGCCGGUGGCGGAACACAGCCUGGAGCUGAUGCUGCUCUCCCGGCAGAUCAACGGGGCCACCUGCAGCAUCGAGGAGGAGAAGGAGUCAGAGGCCAGCACCCCAACGGCGGCAGAGAUGGAGGCCCUGGGUGGAGAGCUGAGGGCCCUGUGUCAGGGGCACGGCAGGCCAGAGGAGGAACAGGUGAAUAAGUUUGUUUUAAGUGUCCUCCGUUUGCUCCUUGUGACCAUGGGACUCCUCUUUGUUUUGCUCCUCCUCCUGAUCAUCCUCACUGAAUCUGACCUUGACAUUGCCUUUUUCCGCGAUAUCCGACAGACCCCCGAGUUUGAACAAUUCCACUAUCAAUACUUUUGUCCCCUCAGGCGAUGGUUUGCCUGCAAAAUCCGCUCCGUGGUGAGCCUGCUCAUUGACACCUGAGAAGGCAUGAAACCUCCCCAAAACUAGCCAGGUGGACCCCGGAGCCCAGCUAACCCGUCCCAGCAAUGGGACCCAUCGCGGAACCAUCACGGCAUAUUCACCAAGUCCUCCUCUCAUGACUCAGAGUCCACAGCCCGGGAGGGUCCUUUCCCAGAAGAAGCAAGGGAUGGGCUCCUGCCCUGUCCACAGAAACUGGGACAACUCCUUUCCUUCGAAGGAAAGCCUUUCGAGAAAGGCUCGGCAACUCUCAUCCUCCCAAGUUGCAGGAUAAUUUUUAGUUUUGACUUUUGAUUUUUCAUAGAUGUGUAUUAUUUUGAAAGUAUCAAAUGAAAAUUAUUUAUUUUACUAUUACUUAUGAUCACAGUAGUGUCACCGAGCAGUGGGGCACUCGCUGAAGACUAGAAUGCUGCAUCUCUCUUCUCCGCAGCUUCUUUCCUGCUGGGUGCCAGCAUUUCUGCCACAGCCUUGGCGAGGGGGCUGGACAAUGGGAACUGUCCUGUUUUCUCACCAGGCAGGGCUUUUAAUAAAGUAACUCACCGUGUAGAAUGAUUAAAUGGAAAGUUGCUUCUUA